AUGAAGACUGUUCUUUCAGACCGUGUUGUUGCUAUCCCCGACGAUGUUGAGGUUGUAGUCAAGGCCCGCAAGGUCACUGUGACUGGAAAGCUUGGCACACUUGAGCGUGACUUCAAGCAUAUUCACAUGGACUGUCGUAUCGUCACUGGAGCCGAAGUUGAAGGAGAAGAGGAGGAAAAUGCCGAGAAGAAGUUCCUUAAGGUUGACCUUUGGUUUGCCAACAGAAAGCAACUUGCGUGCGUUCGUACUGUCUGCUCGCACAUCGAGAACAUGAUGAUCGGUGUCACCCGUGGAUUCCUCUACAAGAUGCGAUUCGUAUAUUCCCAUUUCCCCAUCAACGUUAGUCUUUCUGGAGAUUCUGUUGAGAUUAGAAACUUUUUGGGAGAACGUCGGGUUCGUAAGGUCAAGCUGCUUCCAGGAGUCAAAUAUGUCCGUUCCGCCGAUGUUAAGGAUCAACUUGAACUUUCCGGAACCGAUAUUGCCAAUGUCUCGUUGACUGCCGCCCAAAUCCAACAAGCAACCAAUGUCCGCCACAAGGAUUUGCGUAAAUUCCUUGACGGUAUCUACGUCUCUGAAAAGGGGCCAACCCCGGCAGAGUAA